AUGGCGGCGUCGGUGGUGGUCAAUGUCGUUGUCCAACCACUGGUCACAGUCGUGAUGGAGAAGGCGUCCAACUACCUCCUUGACAAGUACAAGGUGAUGAAGGGCAUGGAGGAGCAGCACGAGAUACUCAAGCGCCGGCUGCCCGCCAUCCUGGACGUCAUCGCCGACGCUGAGCAGGCAGCAGCCCACAGGGAAGGUGCGGCUGCCUGGCUCCAGGCCAUCAAGAAGGUGACCUACCAGGCGAAUGAGGUCUUCGAUGAGUUCAAGUACGAGGCGCUUCGUCGGAAGGCUAAAAAGGAGGGGCACUACAAGGAGCUUGGAUUCAGUGUGGUAAAAUUCUUUCCCACCCACAACCGUUUCAUAUUCCGUAACAGGAUGGGAAGAAAGCUCCGCAAGAUUGCGCGGGCUGUUGAGGUGCUUGUGACUGAAAUGAAUGCCUUUGGCUUUAAGUAUCAACAACAACCACCGCAGGUAUACAACCAGUGGCGACAGAAGGAUCAUGAUAUCCUUGAUCCAGAGAAAAUUGCCAGCAGAUCGAGAGCCAAAGAUAAGAAGAAGCUUGUUGAUAUACUGGUUGGUCAAGCUAACAAUGCAUAUCUCACGGUUGUUCCCAUCGUUGGAAUGGGGGGUCUGGGAAAGACCACGUUAGCCCAACUUGUUUACAAUGACCCUGAAAUUCAGAAGCAUUUCAAUUUGCUGCUAUGGGCAUGCAUCUCUGACAGCUUUGAUGUGGAUUCUCUGGCUAACAGUAUAGUUAAAGCAGCUCCUGAGAAGAAUAGAGCAGAAGUAGCAGCUUCCAUCAUGAAAACACCGCUAGAUAGGCUUCAGGAUGUAGUUAGCAGGCAAAGGUACCUCCUUGUAUUAGAUGAUGUCUGGACACGGGAGGUUCAUAAAUGGGAGCAGCUCAAGGCCUGCCUUGAACGUGGUGGCAUGGGGAGUGUGGUCCUGACAACAACUCGUGAUAAAGGAGUUGCAGAAACGAUGGGUACCGUUGAAGCUUAUAAUCUCGGAGCUUUGGGAGGACAGUACAUAAAGGAAAUUAUUGAGACAAUGUCAUUUAGUUGUUUGAAGAAGGGAGAGGAAAGGCCCGCCGUGCUGGUGAAUAUGGUUGAUGAGAUUGUGGAACGAUGUGCUGGCUCUCCUUUAGCUGCAAUAGCUCUAGGCUCCAUACUGCGUAACAAGACCAGCGAAGAAGAAUGGAAAGUUGUUUCAAGCAGAAGCAACAUUUGCACCAUGGAGUCUGGAAUCUUGCCGAUACUCAAGCUCAGUUACAAUGACUUGCCGCCACAUAUGAAGCAAUGCUUUGCCUUUUGUGCUAUAUUUCCCAAAGAUUAUGAGAUUGAUGUGGACAAGCUGAUCCAACUAUGGAUUGCACAUGGCUUUAUUAUCCAAGAAAAGCAAGUUCGUCUUGAAAAGAUUGGCAAACAGAUUUUCAAUGAACUAGCCUCAAGGUCAUUCUUUCAGGAUGUGAAACAAGUCCAGGCCACAGUCAGUGAAAUUGAACAGGACGGGGCGUGUUAUUUCAGAACUACAUGUAAAAUUCAUGAUCUUAUGCAUGAUGUUGCACUGUCUGUAAUGGAGAAGGAAUGUGCCUUGGUAACUGAGGACCCAUGCAAGAUUGGAUAUGUUGUCGCAGCUGAGGAACCAAGUCAGAGUGAGUGGCUUCCAGACACGGCUCGACAUUUAUUUUUUUCAUGCAAGGAACCAGGAAGAAAAUUGAAUCGUUCUCUCAAGAACAGCUCUCCAGCCAUCCAAACACUUCUAUGUGAUAGCUUUAUGAGCAGAUCAUUGCAUCAUUUGGCAAAAUACAGCUCCUUGCAAGCAUUACAGCUCCGUUUGUUGGGAUCAUUUCCGCUGAAACCAAAACAUCUGCAUCACCUGAGGUACCUAGAUCUCUCAAGAAGUUUAAUCAAAGCACUUCCUGAAGAUAUGAGCAUUCUAUACAACCUGCAAACGUUGAACCUCUCUGGCUGCGUAUCUCUUCGUGAACUUCCAAGACAAAUGAAGUAUAUGGCUGCCCUCCGCCACCUUUACACUCAUGGUUGUCCAGAGCUGAAAGGCAUGCCUAGAGACCUAAAAAAACUCACAUCCCUACAGACACUUACAUGUUUUGUAGCAGGUAGUGACUCUAAUUGCAGCAAUGUUGGAGAGCUCGGGAAUUUAAACCUCGGUGGUCAACUAGAGUUACAUCAUCUAGAGAACGUGACAGAAGAAGCUGCAAAAGCUGCAAACCUCGUGAUGAAGAAGGAAGUAACAGAACUGACAUUAAAAUGGACUGUUGGAUCGGAUAACGAUGUUGAUAAAUCUAGCAGUCGGGAUGAUGCAAAAGUGCUCGAGGAACUUAAACCUCAUGAUGGGCUGCAUGCUAUAAGGAUACACACCUAUGGAGGCACCACCUUUCCAACAUGGACAACUAUGUUACAGAACAUUGUCGUGAUCCAUAUUUCUCAUUGUAACAAACUGCAAUGGUUCUUUAGUGGUGACAUUAAUACAUCCUUUGCAUUUCCAAACCUGAAGGAGCUUACGUUGCGAGAGCUUGUCUCCUUUGAAAGAUGGUGGGAAAUAGAUAAUGGAAUGCAAGGUGAAGUGAUCAUGUUUCCUCGGCUUGAGAAAUUGUGUAUUAGUCAGUGUGAAAAGUUGACAGCAUUGCCAGGGCAACCGACCUUCCCAAACCUCCAGAUUACUCGUAUCGAGAGAUGUCCAGAGUUGACAACUAGAUUUGAAUCACCAAAGCUCAGUGUAUUGAAGAUGGAAGGACGUGAUGUACAGUUGUUCCAGUGGGUAGCCAGGCAUAUGACUUCAUUGACCAAUGUGGAACUGCAUAGCCUUGUAGACAGUACGGAAACAACCUCGGCGGCGGCUGAGCAUGGUUUGAGGGAAGUUCUGGAUUGCAAGGAAAAAGGGAAUGAUCAUGAUUUUCCUCUGACAGUUUUGGUGCUACAAAACUUCAAGCCAUGUAUAAGAGAGCUGUGUUCAUGUUUUGCACACCUGCAAGAUUUGUCAGUUUGGAGGUGCCAUGCACUCCUCCACUGGCCAGAAAAGGAGUUUGAAGGACUGGUAUCCUUGAGGAAGCUUGCGAUUCACCAAUGUGAGAAUCUGACUGGAUAUGCACAAGCUUCUACCGAGCCAUCAACAUCAUCAGAAAAGAGUCAGCUCCUUCCACGUCUAGAGUUACUAGUGCUAAGGAAAUGUGAAAGUUUGGUUGAGGUCUUCAAUGUCCCUGCAUCUCUCAGGGUGAUGGAAAUUCUUUAUUGCAAGAAGCUUGAGUCUAUAUCCGGCAGGAGGCUGCUGCAGGGACAGUCAGCAUCGUCGAUUCAUCAAGGGCCAUCUAGUAUAGCAGAGGUGUCAUCAUCAUCAUCAUCAUCAUCAUCACCAUCAUCAUCUGGAGAUUGGGCGGAGAAUUUGGAAAAAUUGAAAUUAGUCGAGUGUCAUGGCUUAACAGGGGUCCUCCAUCUCCCCUCAUCCCUGAAGGCUCUAGACAUUGAUAGUUGCAGUGGGUUGACAUCUCUUGAAUCUAGCUCAGGAGAGCUUCCAUUAUUGGAGUGCCUCUACCUUUGGAGUUGCAAUAACCUGUUAUCCCUACCGGAUUGGCCACAAGCAUACUCAUAUCUCCAAUGUCUCUACAUUAUGAACUGCACUGUUAUAAAGACGCUCCCUAGAAGCCUGCAGCAACGCCUGGGCACCAUCCAGGAGGAACACGUCGAUGCUCAUUAUUACGGAAAUAAGCCAAGGCCUAUCCCUAUUCUGCUCAAACCAAAGACAUGGAAAUGUGCCAUCCGUAGAGAUUAG